CUAAUCGCCGGCAACUACGUCGUUUACAAUAUGGCCACCUGCAACGGCUAUACCACCUCCGACGCAAAGAUGCCGUCGCGACCGUACUUGAUGGCCGAUGGCGUACGGCCUACGCUGACUCCACGAAGCGCCGGGACAAUUUCAAUUCACACUGGUUUGACGUCCUCCAGACCCCGGCUGCCGUCGACGCCAGACCACCAAUGUCAUUCUUAGAGAGUAACGCCACACUCGUGAAUCCCAUCUCAAUUGACGAAACCGAGAGCUUUAAGGAACUUGGAAGGAUGCUCACCCGGAGUCGACCGCGGCACUGUGGGAGACCUUCGCCGCUUACCGGGAAGCUACCUAGCUGCUUUUCUAAACUGUCUUCUAGCCGCCUGCCCAUUUCCCAGCCACAUAAACGUGGCCCGGAUAACGUUUGUGCCCAAGUUUCCGGGAGCGAUCGAACCAGGCGACUUUCGUCCUAUCUCAGUGACUUCCGUCUUCACCAGGCAGUUACACAAAAUCCUGACUGAUCGCUGGCUUCCUUCCUUCCCGCUAGACCGCCCACAAUUUGGAUUCGUCAAAAAGGACGGCAGUUUUGAGGCGCCGGCUAUCCUGCACGCCUGCAUGCGACAUGCCCACUCGAACUGCCGGAACCUAUCCUUCGCUACCCUCGACAUAUCUAAAGCAUUCGACCUGGUAUCACACGACUCUCUCCUACGCGCCGCCGAAAGUUUUGGUGCCCCCACUCACUUACUCAACCACCUACGCAGCUAUUACCAUACAGCAACUUCCCGGAUAGACGACUGCGACUUCCAUCCCAAUCGUGGAGUCAGGCAAGGUGAUCCGCUCUCUCCUUUGUUGUUUAUAAUGACUCUGGACGAGGUGCUUAAGUCAACCACCCACUUCGGUUGGCAAUCGCCGGGUGGAACGAUCGACUACUUGGCCUAUGCAGAUGACGUCAUCCUGCUCGCCCAAGACCGGGCCAACCUUGAAACUAGGGUCGAAUGCCUGGCGUCAUCGCUGGAACUGGUGCGGUUGAAGUUGAAUCAGCUGAAGUCAAGAGUG